UAGCCAGAGGAGGUGCCAGAGACUCGGGACGGUGGCAGUGGCAGACUGGCUCCUGCUAAUGCUAGCAGCCGGACGGCGGACUUCGGACAUCGACUGGCAAGCGGUGGGGAGUGUGGCCACACAACUAUCCACAGCAGCAACAAGAGGAGACGACAACGCGGACUUUUAGUUUCGAGGAGGGGCAGCGACGUCUUUUACCGACGUGACGAAUUGGGGGAAACGAGUGGAAACGCCGUUCACGAGCUCAGGUGGAGCGCGUGCUGCCCAGAUUCUCGUGGUAACCCACCGCAAUGCCGUUCCCCUUUGGCAAGUCCCACAAGUCGCCGACUGACAUCGUCAAGAAUCUUAAGGACAGCAUGACGGUGCUUGAAAAGCACGACAUUUCUGACAAAAAGGCUGAAAAGGCUACAGAAGAGGUGUCAAAGAGCCUUGUGGCCAUGAAGGAAAUCCUGUAUGGGACGAAUGAGAAGGAGCCCCAGACUGAAGCAGUGGCCCAACUAGCUCAGGAGCUCUACAACAGUGGCUUGCUGAGCACGCUAAUAGCGGAUUUGCAACUCAUUGACUUUGAGGGCAAAAAAGAUGUAGCUCAGAUCUUCAACAACAUUUUGAGACGUCAGAUUGGUACUCGGACACCGACGGUGGAGUAUCUCUGUACACAGCAAAAUAUACUCUUCAUGUUACUAAAAGGGUACGAGUCUCCAGAGAUUGCCCUCAACUGUGGGAUCAUGUUGAGGGAAUGCAUCCGACAUGAACCUCUGGCCAAAAUCACACUGUGGUCAGAGCAGUUUUAUGACUUCUUCCGAUAUGUGGAGAUGUCCACGUUCGAUAUUGCCUCAGAUGCAUUCGCCACUUUCAAAGACCUCCUCACAAGACACAAGCUACUAAGUGCAGAGUUUCUAGAGCAACAUUAUGACAAAUUUUUUAGUGAAUACGAGAAGUUACUCCACUCUGAAAACUACGUGACAAAAAGGCAGUCUCUCAAGUUACUGGGAGAGUUGCUCCUUGACCGGCACAACUUCAGCAUCAUGACCAAAUACAUCAGCAAGCCAGAAAAUCUGAAACUAAUGAUGAAUUUGCUACGUGACAAGAGCCGCAACAUUCAGUUUGAGGCGUUCCAUGUUUUUAAGGUGUUUGUGGCCAAUCCUAGCAAGACUCAGCCCAUACUGGACAUCUUACUGAAGAACCAGGCCAAGCUCAUCGAGUUCCUCAGCAAGUUCCAGAAUGACAGAACAGAAGACGAACAGUUCAAUGAUGAAAAGACCUACCUGGUCAAACAGAUCCGGGACCUCAAGAGACCCACGCAGCAGGAGGCCUGAGGCAGGAUGCCAAGGACAAGGAGGGGGCGGAGCCACCAUUUCUUGGCCACUUAACACCUGCUUAACGGACCCAUCAGCUGCUGCUGUUCUGGUUUCUGAACAAAAUUUCAGCAAACAAACUUCAGACAACAAAAACACGUUUGAAGUUGUUGGGAAGUUGCCAGCCCAUCCGUGAACAUUGUUCAUUGUGUAUUUCUUUUCCCCCCCAAGAGUUUCUGUUUAAAGGAAAACAGUAGAUGCUGCUGCUUUCAUGCACCUUGAACCACAUAUGGUCCAAAAUCACAUUAGUCAGUCAUAAACAAGUCUGUUAACCACAAAGGCUGACUUCUAACUUGACAUGCAUAGGAAGUCAAGAUUUUAAGGCUUACUGAACACUUGUAUAGUGUAUAACAGCUACAGUUUCAUACACACUAUCCGAAAGAAUAUGGCCUCAAACCUGUAUGAUAGAAAUGGUACGAUAAACAUGGUUCUCUUUUCCCGCGUGCCUUGGAAGGUGACAGGUGGGUGUCUGCACCUGAUGGCGGCGCUGCCGUGGCCCGACCAUGUUCAGUGGUCCGACACUUACAUAAAUGUGCGUCAAUGCCCUCGUCGAAUCCAAUGAGUGGCGACAACUUCGAUGCCAUGUUGUGUGGCAGUCUUGACCUCCUGUGAGCUGUUAAAUGCCCAGCACUGAAAAUAUUUGAGCAGCGGAAGAGAUAAAACCAAUGAAAGCCCCAAAAUCCUCCCCCUUCUUUUCUUAGACAGGGAGAACGUGUACGUUUUUUUUUUUUUUUUUUUUUUUGUAGGAUUUUUUUUUUUUUUUUUGGUUAACCUUAACAUAGGAAUAUAUUAUUUGUAUUUACCUUAAACAUGAAGCUUGUGGUUAAUGGUAAUCAAAUUACUUUGUAAACCUUAAGCGAGACAAGUGUCAUUGUUUUUACAUUUCAUUUUACUGCUGAAAUGGUUGCUGGGUUUCUUGUAUGUAUUUUAAAGGGCAGCUCCCAGUUAGCUACCCCAUGGGGAAGGGUUAUCAAACUCCUUUUUUUUUUUUUUUUCCAUCGGCUACAUUGUAGUACAGUAAUGGCCUCGGAUGGCUGUUUUGACUGUGAGCCCGUACAAAUGUAUGGUUGGCUCGUUAUUAUGAGAAAUUGAUGGAUAACUAAUGAGUGAGCAAAAAAAAAAAACAAUUACACUUUUAAAAUGGGGAUUAGUGACAAAAAUACUAUUAAAAGUAAAGACAAAUUUUAAAUUUGGUAUGUUAGCAAGAAACCUCUCAAU